AUGAAUGUUUCUGUACCUCAAAUAUCAUGGCAUUUCUGUGAUCCAUUAUAUACGUGUUCAAUUCAUCCGACAAACUCUUCGCGUUUAGUUACAGGCGGUACUAGAGGUACAAUUUACUUAUGGCUAUUAGAUACGUCACAAGCGUUACCUAUACCCUUAACUAUUCCAUCCGCAACAACAACUGAACUCCCUCAACAACAACAACAACAACCAUGGCAGCCCAAAAUUGAACUUAUUUCAUCACUAAAAGGUCAUAAGCAAUCGGUUAAUGUCAUCCGAUGGAAUUCAGAUGGACAAUAUUUAGCGUCAGGUAGCGAUGACAGUCUGAUUUAUGUUUGGAAAUAUACUGGUGAUAUAAAAUCAACAUCUGAACAACAACAAGGUGUAAAUGGUUUAGGUUGGAAUGAUGAUGUUGAAUUAUUAUCAAAAGAAAAAUGGACAAAUUAUAUUGUACUACAUGGUCAUUUAGAGGCCGUUCUCGAUUUACAAUGGUCAUCGAACGAUGAAAUGAUAUUGAGUGGAAGCUUUGAUAAAACAGCUAUUUUAUGGAAUGUUCAACAACGACAAAAAUUACAUUUAUUUUCAGAUAUUCAUGGUUAUGUGCAAGGCGUCUGUAUUCAUCCAUUUCUAAAAUAUUUUGCCACAUUAUCAACAGAUAAAUCGUUAAGAAUAUUUAAUAAAAAGUUUACAUGUGUUCAUAAUAUAAGAAAAUUAAGAGGACAAUUUACUAGCGUAACAUUGCCUGAAAAUGAACCACCACCAACGACAACAACAGUAGUAGGACUAAAAUCUCCAGAAAGAGAUGGAAUAACAAAAAUACCAGGAACAAAUAGUAGCAAUGGUCAAAUGUUAUUUUUGGAUGAAAAUGCUCCAACAUUUUUUCGUCGUGCUAAUUAUUUACCAGAUGGAAGUUGUUUAAUUGUACCAGCUGGAUGUUUAGAUCAAACAGUUAUUAAUGGGUUAAAUAAUCAGAAUCAAACAAAUGAUCAUCAAGAAUGUCAAGAAUCGACUAAAGAACGACGGUCAUCUAGUGAUCAAGAACCAUCCCCCGCUGUUAUUGGUCAGGUCAAUUGUGCUUAUUUAUUUCCAACAACAUUCAAAGAUAUGAAUCGUCCAUCAAAUAUAAUUCCAUGCGGUGAUCAAGAAGUAAUUGGUGUUAUUGUUUGCAACGGUUUAUUUACAUCUGUAGAUAAUAAUGGAACAUAUCGUCAAUUAUUUGCUGUUUUAACAAAAUCAUCGAUAUUAUUUUUUGAUAAUUUAUCUCAAGAACCAUUUGCUUAUGUAAAAAAUAUUCAUUUAUUAACAAUAACAGAUGGUUCUUGGUCACAUGAUGGACGUUUAUUCAUUACAUGUUCAGAAGAUGGCUAUUGUACAGUAGUAACAUUUACAGAAGAAUGUUUAGCCGGUAGUAGUGGUACGAGUAAAUAUUUAACAAAUACAAAUGAAAUAUUACAACAAAUGAGUCAAACAACAAAUGCUAAUAAUAAACUAUGA